AUGGAUGGACAAGAUUCUCAACCCGGCGUCCACGGAUUACAAGGUCCAAAUUCAACCAAGUCUCACACCCCACCUCAGGCUGGGAAUGGAUCGACUGCACCUUCAUCGGACCCCCAGCAGUAUCGCUUGUUUGGAGCGUACAUGAAUAGGAUCGUUGCCUACCAAGAUACCUUCACAGCCUGGCUCACCACUGAUGACUUCAUGUCGCGGGUCAGUAUCAGUGUAUAUCAGAAACUAGGCGGUGUCCCUGGGACCAAAGUAGUCCGGGGGAUGGUUGAACCCAGACGUGCAAAGGAAACACCUGACUCGAAAGGGCCGCAGCAAAAGCCCGUCGAGAAAACACCGGGCGCUAACAACAUCGAGACUCACGCCACGGAGACCGAGAAAUCGACCGAGCCACUCUCCGUGGAUGCACCCGAGUCGAAACUUGCGACUGAAUUGGAAAAUGCAGAGAGACGGCCGAAGUCAACAUUGGAGCGGCAAAUGUCGUCGCUUAAGGGAGAACCUCAAAAUCCGGCCGAGCUAGAGGAGCAAGCCCGUAGACAGGAAGAACAGGAGAUGGAGGAUCUCAGAGAAGUCGACAGUGAAGAUCGAGAGCGGGAGGUUGAACACCUGCUCCUGGUCGUCCAUGGGAUAGGAGAGCGUUUAGGGCAGCGUUUGGAGAGCAUUAAUUUCAUCCAUGACGUGAACGUGCUGCGGAAGACACUCAAGGGAGUCUACAAGGCCUCACCGGACCUCCAAGCCCUCAAUUCCGCUUUCGCGGACAGCAACGGUAACUGUCGAGUCCAAGUACUUCCUGUAUGCUGGCGUCGUCUCUUAGAUUUCCCUCAUCGAGGGGUUCGGCAGAACCGAAAGGAGCUUGACCUGACCGAAGCAGAUGCCAUUGAGGAUGAUGCGUAUCCUAGCUUGGCGGAUAUCACACUAGACAGUGUCCCUGCCGUUCGAAAUCUCAUUUCCGAUCUGGCGAUGGACGUGCUCCUAUACCAGAGUGGAUAUUGUGAACACAUCUCCAGUAUUGUGAAACAAGAGUGCAACCGAAUCCUCCAACUUUACAAAAAACGCAAUCCGUCUUUCCAAGGGACAGUCAGCCUAUACGGUCAUUCUCUCGGCAGCGCAAUCCUGUUUGACAUUCUAUGUCACCAACCUGCUGAGCCUGACCCCACCCAGGGGGAAAGCCCGCGGCCCAGGAACCUGAGGAUGUUUCAGACCAGCGAAACCCAGGCCGAAAUGCUGAAGGGGAAGACUAUUGCUGGAUACUCUCCCCUCCGUGCGAGAAAUCGUGACAGUGCUCUGGAGGACGGAAUUGAUCCUACAGUACUGGGUUCCCUCAGGGCUUCCAAACGAGACUCACGCGGCAGUGCUGGGGCUGACUUGGGGGACAACUCUGCCACCAUCUCAGCCCCGAAAUGCCGUGAUCUUUACAAUAUCUUCCAUCCGUCGGACCCGGUAAGUUACCGAAUUGAGCCGCUCAUUUCACCCGCAAUGGCAAGCUUGAAGCCCCAACCUUUACCUUCCGUCAAAAAAAGCCUAUGGACAGCUUCAGGGCAGAGUCUCUCCAUACUCGGAACUCGCAUGGGCCAGAGCGUAAAUUCGCUGUGGAGUAACUUUACAUCCGGCGUGGCGAGCAGCUUGCUGAACCGUAGCUUGGGCUUGAAUGCCGAAGGAGCCCCGUAUGGCACUGGUCCUGGGGGAAAACCGACGGAUGCUUCGCCCGGACAUAAACGCACUCAGUCCGGCCCGCCUCAGGAUGCUUCCCAGGAUUCCGAAGAUCAUGUCCCAACACUGAUCGAUCCCGAUAUCGAGACACUUUACGAUGGGUUCCAAAGGAGCAGAAGUAUCGACAGGAAAGACCACGCUCGCUCCUCGGAGACCGAGCCCGAGCUGGACGCCGAGGACCGGGAGCGGAAGUUGAAAUUCGAAGACGCCAAGGUGCGCUCCCUGAAUUCCAACGGUCGCGUUGACUACAGCAUACAGGAAGGACCAUUCGACAUCUCGUUGAUUGCCAGCAUUGCCAGUCACCUCAUGUACUGGGGGGACGAGGACGUCAACCACUUUAUACUCUCUCAGAUGCUUUCGAGGAAAUCACGGCAUCGAGGCAAACGGAACCAUAGAAGACCUGAAUAG